GCGCCCUCGGGCCCGCCGCCGGUGCUGGAGGUCGUCCACCGGUGGGCGGAUCAGGGCCAACCGCAGGCGCCGGAGGCGCUUGGCGCCAUCGUGGCCCUCCGCGCCGACAUCGCAGGCUUGCGCGCGGAGUUCAGCGCCGUGGGCGAGCGGCCAGUCCAGGCGGGAGCGGCGGCGGUCGAGGCCCCGAGGAGCGAGGUGCAGCAGCACGCCGACGAGGUCGACGAGGCCAGCGAGGGCGGCCGGCAGAAGCCGCGGCGCCCUGAAGCUUGCCAGGUACGCGGGGCUGCCGCAGCGAAGCCCUUCGCGUCGCCCACGCGCAUCGAGGCGCUGGCGGAGGAGGCCGACUGUGACGGCGAGGGCUCGCCGACCGCCUUUUUGGCCAGCCAGGUGAAGGGCGGAGCCGGCGAGUGCGAGUGCUACGUCCUGGACCCGCUACGGGACUUCGUCGCCGCUGGAGAUGGGCAGAGGAGUGGGCAGCCCUUCGCUCGCCGCCGCGCCCAGGACGGCGAGGACGUGAAGGACGAGCUGGACGUGAUGACGUCCGUGUCGCAGCCCGCGUGCUGCACCCUCACGGGCAAGCCGCUGACGGAGCUGGUCGUCGAGGGCGUCGGCGGCAAGACGGGCGUCGUGCCGCUGGCAGUGGAUGGCGUCGACGUCACCGCGCGGCUCGGCAGCGAGCUGGAGAGCCACUGCCACGGUGAGAGCAAGCUGAAGGGCCUCGACGCGAAGAAGGACUUCGGCUACUGCCAGCCCCUGCGUGGCCACUGCGAUUUCGAUGACAAGCUGGAGGGCAUCGACGCGCUGCACGACGUCGACCACGGUAGACACCUGCAUGGCGACGGGGUAGACCGCUCCGAGUGCGAGGGCAAGCUUGAGGGCGCCGGCGUGCUGAAGGACGCGCUGAAUGACGUCGGCUACGUCGGACCCCUGCGUGGCGAGGGGGUAGGCCACGGCGAGUGCGAGGUCAAGCAGGAGGGCAUCGACGUGAUGAAGGACGUCGACCGCGGUGGACUCCUGCGUGGCGAGGGGGUCGGCCACUGCGAGUGCGAGGGCAAGCUGGAGGGCAGCGUGCUGCGGGACGUCGACCGCGGUGGGCCCCUGCGCGGCGCUGGUGUAGGCCACGUGGAGUGCGUCAAGCUGGAGGGCCUCGACGCGGUGGAGCGCAGGCUGGUGAGCAUCGACAAGAAGGGCAGGCCGAGAGGCAAGGCCGCGCAGGCGGCGGAACUCGCCGCAGGCCUGCCCACCGCGGACGACGCCCUGGAGGCCCAGCUCGCAGCCGCCCGCGCCGACCUCGCCAUCGAGGAGAUCGAGGUGCGCUUGGCGGCGGUGGAGCUGGCAGCGGCGGGCGGUGCCUGA